GAUCUAACGGUUACAAAUCCCAAGAGAAUAAGCCUUACCAAAAAAAAUAUCAAAGUUUUGUCCCCUUAUCCUUCUGCACACCAAGAUGAACCCUGCAAAAACCUCUUCAAUGCCGUCUCAAUUCCUUUCUAGUUUCUACCCCUUACUAACCUAAAACCUCCCCACCUCAAAUUCUCAUCCCAAAAACCACACCCGUUAAUUAGAAAAAUUAAAAAUCCGAACUUUUUUCCCCUUCACCCAUUGCAUUUCUGUUUGUUUUUUAUCACAGUUCUUGAUUCCAAAUGGAGCUAUACACACCGUUCGCGCCGCGCUUCAAACCGGACCUGUCCUUCCCCCCCUUCCCCGUCAAAACCCACCUCAAUAAAACCCCCCAAAUCCCCCCAAACCUCCGCGUGUUUGCAGUCGCCGCCGACCAGAAAGAACUCCCGGAGAACAGCCCCCUGAAGCUCCUGAAAGAGCUGGCCGAGCGCAGAAAGGUAGUCUCCCCAAAGCGAGAAGCGCCCCCAAAGAGAUUCAUCCUCAAACCCCCGCUGGACGACUCGAAACUCGCCAAUAGGUUCCUGAACAGCCCUCAGUUGUCCCUUAAAUCCUUCCCCUUGCUGAGUUCCUGCCUGCCGUCAUCCCGCCUGAACAACGCCGACCAGACAUGGAUUGACGAGUACCUGCUCGAAGCCAAACAGGCCUUAGGUUACCCCCUCGAACCUUCGGAUAGCUAUGGGGACGAUAAUCCGGCCAAGCAGUUUGAUACCCUGCUGUAUUUAGCCUUUCAGCAUCCCCAGUGUGAGAGGACAAAGGCUAGGCACGUGAGGUCUGGACACUCGAGACUGUUCUUUUUAGGGCAGUAUGUGCUGGAAAUGGCGCUGUGUGAGUUUUUUCUGCAAAGGUACCCAAGGGAGUCUCCGGGGCCAAUGAGGGAGAGGGUUUAUGCUUUAAUUGGGAAGAGGUUCCUUCCGCAGUGGAUUAAGGCUGCUGGCUUGCAGAAUCUGAUCUUUCAGUAUGAUGACAUGGAUAGGCUGAGAAGGACGGAUCGGGAGCCUCCGGUGAAAUCUGUCUUCUGGGCCUUGUUUGGGGCGAUAUAUUUGUGCUUUGGGAUGCCAGAAGUGUAUCGUGUUCUUUUUGAAGUAUUUGGAAUGGAUCCAGAAGCUGAAGAUGCCCAGCCUAAACUAAGGAGACAGCUUGAGGAUGUUGACUAUGUUUCUGUUGAGUUCGAUAACCAGAAACUGAACUGGCAGGAUCCCCCAGAAGACGCCUUAUUCGCUCAUCCGAGGCUUUUCAGAGCAUGCGUGCCACCUGGCAUGCAUAGAUUUCGUGGAAGCAUUUGGGAUUAUGACUGUCGGCCUCAAGUCAUGAAAAAGCUCGGGUACCCCUUGUCCAUGGUGGACAGGAGUCCUGAUAUAACAGAAGCUAGGAAUAUUGAGCUAGGACUUGGAUUGCAGCUCUGUUUCUUGCACCCAUCAAUGCACAAGUUUGAACAUCCCCGUUUUUGCUACGAACGUCUGGAAUACGUUGGUCAAAAGAUACAGGACCUUGUAAUGGCCGAGAGGCUGCUCAUGAAGCAUCUAGAUGCUCCCGGAAGAUGGCUACAGGAGAAACACGAUCGCCUUCUUAUGAACAAAUUCUGUGGAAGGUAUUUAAGGGCGAAAUAUCUUCAUAGGUUCAUCAUGUAUAGUAAUGAGGUGCAAGACGCAUAUGAGCAAAACAGGAGGCUAAGAAAUCCAGCCACCAGUUCAGUUCAACAGGCCAUUCAUGGGCUUGCGUAUGUCGUUUAUGGGAAGCGAGACGUGAGGCGGCUAAUGUUUGAGGUUUUUGACUUUGAGCAGAUUCAGCCAAAGGCUGUAUGAGAACUGUAAAAGUUACCUUGGACGAGUUGUGUAGUACAUUUUUUUUACUUAAACAGGAUAAAUUUACUGAUGGUGAGGAUCAACAGAAGCAUGUGUACAGAUCAUUACAGGGUUACACAGUAUUUCUUUAUUAUACAUUCGGAUGUAUAGGUAUUCAAUUCACGUGUGUUAAAUGCAAAAAUCAGAGAACAUAAUGGAGAACAUUGCAAUAUGGAUGAACAAUUUUUCUA